AGUGAGGCGCGCCGAUCCGUUGUAGGGUUUGUGUGAGGCGCGCCAAUACGUUGUAGGGUUUUUGUGAGUCACGCCGAUCCGUUGUAGGGUUUGUGUGAGAACCGUCGAUCCGUUGUGGGGGUUGUGUAAGGCGCGCCGAUCCGUUGUAGGGUUUGUGUGAGGCACGCCGAUCCGUUGUAGGGUUUGUGUGAGUGUGGAGCGCGCCGAUCCGUUGUAGGGGUUUGUGUGAGUUGUGCCGAUUCGUUGUAGGGUUUGUGUGAGGCACGCCGAUUCGUUGUAGGGUUUGUGUGAGGCGCGCCGAUCCGUUGUAGGGGUUUGUGAGUUGUGCCGAUCCGUUGUAGGGUUUGUGUGAGGCACGCCGAUCCGUUGUAGGGUUUGUGUGAGGCACGCCGAUUCGUUGUAGGGUUUGUGUGAGGCGCGCCGAUCCGUUGUAGGGGUUUGUGAGUUGUGCCGAUCCGUUGUAGGGUUUGUGUGAGGCACGCCGAUCCGUUGUAGGGUUUGUGUGAGGGAUGCCGAUCCGUUGUAGGGUUUGUGUGAGUGUGGGGCGCGCCGAUCCGUUGUAGGGUUUGUGUGAGGCGCACCGAUCCGUUGUAGGGUUUGUGUGAAGCGCGCCGAUCCGUUGUAGGGUUUGUGUGAGGCGCGCCGAUCCGUUGUAGGGUUUGUGUGAGGCGCGCCGAUCCGUUGUAGGGGUUUGUGGGGCACGCCAAUCCGUUGUAGGGUUUGUGAGAGGCGCGCCGAUCCGUUGUAGGGUUUGUGUGAGGCGCGCCGAUCCGUUGUAGGGUUUGUGCGAGGCGGGUAGCGGGAGGAAGGGGGAAGACCAUGGCGUUCCUGCAGUGGCGGCGCUUCGCCUUCUUCGACAAAGAGGCGGCGCGGGACCCCGCGGGAGGCGCCGGGGCCUUCGACGGCCUCGCGGCGCUCAACGUCAGCGUGUGCGCCUGCGGCCGCGGGCAGAUGCUGUUCGGGGAUUUCGAAGGGAACAUUCACUUCCUCAAUCGGAGUCUGCAGCUGAGCAGCUUCAAGGCGUACGAACUGCGGGUGUCGCACCUGUACCAGCUGAAGCAACACAACCUGUUCGUGUCGGUGGGGGAAGACGAGCAAGGAAUCAACCCCAUGGUAAAAGUGUGGAAUAUGGACAAACGUGACAAGACGGGCAUCCCACUGUGUUGCCGCAUCUUCAGAGCCAUCCCCAGCAACAAGCCGACCGAAGUGACUUGCCUCGCCAUCCACGAGGGCCUCAACUACAUGGGCAUAGGAUUCACGGACGGCAGCGUGGUACUUAUCAAGGGAGAUAUCACACGUGACCGCCACAGCAAGACACAGGUGGUGCAUGAGAGCACGUACCCCAUCACGGGCCUGGCCUUCCGCCAGGUGGGCAAGGUGAUGCACCUCUUCGUGGUGACCACCGACAACGUGCAGUCAUACGUACUCCAGGCAAAGAUUGAGCGGCACUUGCUGGACCCCCACGGAUGUGCCCUGCGCUGCUCCACGCUCAGCGACCUCUCGCAGGACAAUCAGUUCAUCGUGGCGCGUGACGACUGCGUGUACCUGUACCAGCCCGAGGAGCGUGGGCCCUGCUUCGCCUUCGAGGGAGAGAAACGCCUCGUGUGCUGGUUCCGCGGUUACCUGGUCAUCGUCUCCAAGGAUUCGAAGUCCAUGCCUAGAGCGUCAGGGAGUGGCUUGGACCGGCAAGCGAUGGACAUGCACAUGGUGACGGUGUACGACUUGGAGAACAAGCUGAUUGCCUACUCGGCACCCUUCCCUCACGUGGUGGACGUGCUGGUGGAGUGGGGCUCCCUCUUUGUGUUAACGGGCGACAACAAGCUGGUUGCCCUGCAUGAGAAGGACACGCAGACCAAGCUGGAGAUGCUGUUUAAGAAAAAUCUGUACGUGCUGGCUAUCAGCGUGGCAAAGACUCAACACCUGGACACGGAUGGAUUAGCAGAGAUCUUUCGGCAGUAUGGGGAUCACCUGUACAGCAAGGGAGAUCACGAUGGAGCCAUACAGCAGUACAUAAGGACCAUUGGCAAGUUGGAGCCGUCAUAUGUCAUUCGCAAGUUCUUAGACGCUCAGCGAAUCCACAACUUAACGGCAUACCUACAGGCCCUGCAUCGCCAAUCCCGAGCAAACAAGGACCACACCACGUUGUUGCUCAACUGCUAUACCAAGCUCAAGGACAGCUCUAAGCUGGAAGAGUUCAUAAAGACGAGUGAAGUGGCGUUCGACGUCGAGACGGCCAUCAAGGUGCUCCGCCAGGCAGGAUACUAUGACCAUGCACUCUAUCUGGCUGAGAAGGACGGACAGCACGAGUGGUACCUCAAGAUCCAGCUCGAAGACAUCAAGGACUGCCACAAAGCUCUGGUGUACAUUGCCAAGCUGCCGUUUGAGCAGGCCGAGAGCAACUUGAAGAAGUACGGCAAGACAUUGGUGCAGUACGCCCCAGUGGAGACGACAGGGCUGCUCAAAGUGCUGUGCACGGGGUACCGGCCGCGAGCCGAUCCCCACGGCGGCGACGGGGAUGCCUCUGCCUUCGCGGCAGAAGCCGAAAAGGCAAACCCGGAGGAAUUCAUCCACAUAUAUGCCAAUAACCGGGAGCAGCUGAAAGCAUUUUUGGAGCACAUGGCUGAGGUGCAGCCACGAUGUUCGCAGGGUGUCAACGACACCUUGCUGGAGCUUUACCUGUGCGAUUGGAUGCACGAGACUGAUCCACAGAAAAAAAAGAACCUGGAAAAUGCCACAAUGGCUCUGCUGACGAGCGGAGCGUUCAACAGCAACUUCGACAAGGCCCUCAUUAUGUGUCAGAUGAACAACUUCAAGGAUGGCAUUCUGUUCCUCUACGAGAAGGCACAGCUAUAUCAGCAGAUAGUGCGGUUUCACAUGGAAAGCGAUGACUACCAACGUGUCAUCGAAGCGUGCAAGCGCUACAGUGACCGUGAGAGCUGCCUGUGGGAGCAGGCCCUGGGAUAUUUUGCGCGGAAGGAGGAAAACUGUCGGCCGUUCAUCACGGAGGUGCUACAGCACAUCGACCAAAAUAACCUCAUGCCGCCCCUUCUUGUGGUGCAGACCCUGGCUCACAACUCAACAGCCACACUGGCAGUCAUCAAGGACUACAUCAUCCGGCGGCUACAGUCAGAGUGCGAGCAGAUAGCGGAGGAUGAGCAGUACGUGCGUGGGUAUCGAGAGGAAACGGAGAAGAUCCGUGGCCAUAUUGAGGAGCUGCGCACCAGUGCGAAAAUUUUUCAGGUGACAAAGUGCAGCGUGUGCAAGCAUCCGCUGGAGCUGCCAUCUGUGCACUUCUUGUGCGAGCACGCCUACCACCAGCACUGCUUCGAGGGCUACGCCGAGAGCGAUGCCGAGUGCCCCGCCUGCUUGCCCGAAAACCGCAAGCUACAGGAGCGCAUUCGCGCUCAAGAGCAUUCACGGGAUCUGCACGAGACCUUCCACCACGAGCUGCAGCAUUCAUCGGAUGGCUUCGCUGUCGUGGCCAAAUACUUUGGUCGCGGAGUGUUCAACAAGAUCACGCUGGUGACGGACAGCACGGCAGGGGGCCGGCGGGUACCAGUCGGGGGCGACCCUGUGCUGCAGAGAGAGCUCCUACUCAUGCCGCAGACAGGGCGCAUGCUCUGAAUACCCACACAUCACGCAGCGCCCUGGUACUUGUGUCAUGGCUGUAGGCGCUACGCAUGACAAAAAAAAGCUAAUGCUACAUAUACAGAAUCUGUACAACUUGAGAGAAAUGGAAUUGAAAGUCUGGUGUAGAUAUAAAAGGUGCAUUGAACACGGUGAUAUUGUAUGGCAUGAUUAAAAGUGUAUUUGUACAUAGUGUUAAAUGUCAUUCAUUUGCUUCCAAUACUAUAUUUAACAAGUGUGUAAUAAUGUGCAGACUUUAAAAUAUUAAAACAGCUAAUGCAUUAAUAACGUGAAAUGCGUGCAAUUGUCCUGAUGAAUUAUUAAAUUGUUCAGCUUUUUUUUCAUUGUCAUUACUUUUCAAAAUUGGCAACGAAUAGAAAUUGGCAUGCAGAUACAAAAUGCUAUAUCGUAUUAGAUAAUUAGCAAUUUCAUAAUUCAAUGUAAGCAUCAAAUCAGUGUCAUUUCCUGGGUGUGUAUUUUAUAACCACUGCCAAUUACUUGUUGUUAUUGUCUAUUACGUAACUCGUAUGACUUGAAUGAUGAAAACUUGUUUUAAUUCAAAGUUGGGCAUUUGUUCCUAUUUCAAUUGAAAUUUUACACUCCAGAAAUCCACACGGCACCUGAUCCAGUUCUGGAUGAGGUGCCGAUUUGCACCUCAUCCAGAACUGGAAGCACGGGUUUGUGGAUCACGUCCGUCUGUGAAUCACACAAAGAAGUUAUGCUGCGAGGAGGUCAGUCGUAGAUUGCAGUGCAGGAAAUCAUCCGGGUUGAGCUUUUUGUUAUUCCGUGGAAUGUUAUUUUCUGCGGGUGCUCGGAUUUCCAUACCACAAAUGCGCUCAUUAAAAUUGGCCAAACAUUC